CAUCCAGUUUAAAAGUUUGUCGAAUUUUUAGUUUAAUGUGUAGAUACUUUUUAGUAAACUGAACAGAGAGAUUGUUAGUUUGUUCGAGAUAUAAGGACGCUUUUUUCUCAUAGAUUUCAUAAAAAAAAAAUUAUAAAUAAGUGAAAACUCAGCUACUGGUUGUCAAGAGGAUAAACUGGUAUUAGAAGUAGUAUUUCCAAAGGGUGACUAUAAAAUAACAUUUGAUUUUCCUAGAAUAUUAGUUAUUCAUUUAGUUGUAAUACUAAGAAAGGUUAGUAGUAACAAUCUCCAACAUUAAAUUCUAAACUUUACAUUUCUUUUUACUGAAAUAUUGUAUUUGUUUUUGUAAUUACAGCAGUAAUAAUAAUAUUAAAACAAAGCAAUUUCCAACAACUCAUUAUAAAUAUAACAUUUAAUUUUCUGAAAUAUUGUGGUCAUUACUGUAGUUUCUACGAUUAGAAUGUUCUAAUCUGUAGUUUCUGCAAUUAAUUUAGAAUGUUAUUAUGAGAAGCGAUAUCCAACAAUAUAAUAGUAAUUCAUGAUUUUUUUUACCAGAAAUAUUAUUGCUGUUGUAGCUGUAGCUGUAAGAUUAACAAUAACAGUAACUUUUUCCAUAACUUAAAUAAAACAAAUACAUUUCCCUUAAUAUUUUAGUUGCUUUUGUAGUUGCUGCAGUAAGAAUCAUAUUAAAAUUAAGUUCCAACAAAAUAUUAUAUGUCACAUUUAACGCUCCCCGAUAUAUAGUAGUUGUUACGAAAUUAGCAGCAGUAAAUAUAUUAAUUCUCAUAGUUUUCAACAAUGCAUUAUAAAAUUGUUGUGAUUGCAGUAAUGAAAAUUAUAUUAAUACUCACAGUUUCCAACAGUGCAUUGUAAACCCGACAUUAAAUUUUCCCGGAAUAUUGUGGACAUUGUUGUGAUUCCGAUAACAAAAUUCAUAUCAAUACUCACAAUGUGUUACAAACCUAACAUUUAAUUUCCCCGAAAUAUUAUAGAUAGUGCUGUGAUUGUAGUAGUAAGAAUUAUAUUAAUUAAUAUUCUAAAUUUCCAACAGUGCUUUAUAAACUCAACAUUAAAUUUUCCCGAAAUAAUGUAGAGAAUGUUAUGAUUACAGUGAAAAAUAUAUACUAACAUCUAAUUUUCCCUAAAUAUUGUAGUUAUUGCUGUAAUUGAAACAAUGAAAAUUAUAUUAAUCCUCGAAAUUUCCACAUUUAAUUUUCCCGGAAAAAUUGUAGCUACUGUUAUGGGCAGCAAUAGAAAUGAUUACUCAAUUUCCAACAAUGCAUUAUAAUCCUAACACUUAAUGUUUGUGGAUAUUGUUGUGAUUGCAGUAAUAAAACUGAUAUAAUACUUUCAAUUUCCAAAAGUGCAUUAUAACCCCAGUAUUCAAUUUUCCCGAAAUAUUAGAUGGGGAAGAAAAGCUCGUGAUGAUUGGCUCCAUUUGCCAUCUAAUGGCCGUCAUGCUCAUGGCCACCGUCCCGUCGUUUCCGGUCAUUAUCACAAUGAGGUUUAUACUUGGAGUCAUGAUUUCCAUUAUGCUUCUGCCUGCUUGGAGCUUAGCCUUGGAGGUGACUCCGCCUAAACAUCGAAGUCUUGUAGGGAUGCUCAUGGGACUUCCGUAUUCCUUUUUCACUGCAAUCAAUGCAGGAGUUGCCUACUUCAUAAGGACCUGGAAGUACAUACUCCUGGUGGGAAUCUUGCCUGGAGUCAUCUUGUUGCCUCUGGCUUUCUUCAUAGACGAGUCGCCCAGAUGGCUGAUACAAAAAGGCCGAGAAGAAGAGGCUAUACGGGUUCUAAACAGAGCUGUGGAAUUAAAUAAAACCGAACUGUCCAUUCCACUGGAAACCACCGCUCGAAAGUUGUCGCAGGCAGCCAAAUCGCGGGAGAGCGAAGGAGCAUCGGAAGACGAAGACAAAGAAACUCUUCGAUCUCAACUGGAGAUGUUGCUCAAAUACAUCCGAUCCCCCGCCAUGAGACUAGUCAUCUUCCUGAUGCCACCCCUUUGGUUCACACAAUCCUUCCUUUACCUCAGCGUUUCCAUCAAUGCCAACAACUUUACCACAUCAGGGCCGUUCUUGUACAUGGCGAUGACAGGAGCGAUGGACGCCUCUGCCAUCAUCUUGACUACGCCCUUGGCCACCCGUCUAGGGAGAAAGACCAUGGUCUUCGGCGGCCUAUUCUUUGGAGCGUCACUCGUUCUUGCGGAGCAAUUUGUUCCCGCAGAUUUUGGCUGGGCCAAGUGGGUUUUGGUCAUGGUAGGAUUUUUGCUCGUAGGAAGUGCUUUCCAGGUCAACUUUAUCUAUGGGCCAGAGCUCUUCCCGACCGAAGUAAGGACAAGAGGAUUUGGCUUCCUACAAAUGAUAAGUCAGGCUGGUUUCGUCUGCGCGCCAAUUGUUACCGAAUUUCUCGCCAAACACGUAUGGUGGGCUGGCGGUGUUCUUUUCGGCAUCUGCGGGAUGCUUGGGGCCCUGACCGUGCUGCCUCUCCCGGAAACGCAAAACCGACCUCUUCCUGAAACGUUGCAGGAUGCUGAGAACAGGAUGAAAAAGACCAAGAGUCAAUCUAAGGAUAAUUCUUAGUUCAAGAGGAGCCUUUUUUGUUACUAACCCAACAAAAUAAACACCAAGCUGGCAACAGCAUUAUAAAAGAAAUCUAGAUUGAUUUUUUAAUGUUGCUAAUUUUGUCUUACCUUGUGGCAUUACCUGUCCAUGUGCUUGGCGCUUGCUGGUCAAAAUGAGUUGAGUAGAAUAUAGAAUUUGGGCCAAAGGCCAAGCACUAGGACCUAUGAGGUUAUUUAGCACUGAAAUGGAAACUGACAGUAAAAGGGUUGAAAGGUGGAAUAGGAGGAAAACCUCGCAGUUGCACUAUGAAUCAAGUGUUAAGAGAGGUUGAGGAGUGAGCUGAAGAAAGAAAAUAUUAAAAGAGGUACAGUAAAAGGAAGUCAAACCGAGCGACAGGAAAUACACACCAUGAGGUAAGCAGUUAAAUCUUAAGCUGGUUGAGUCUCAGGAGGGCAACCUGUGAUUUAAUUCUGAAGGUAUCAUAAGUUGCAAAUUUCUUUACAUGAUGAAAAUUUGAUGUCAUAUCACAAUUAUUCUAAACAAGUUUUCUAAAAAAAAAAAAAGUUAUUGUAAAUUUUCAUAUAACCAGGUUCCUCAUCUAGGGCCUCAGUUUGUGACAAGUUUAUUGUGUAGUAAACUGAUAAACCUAUUGAGAGGUAUACAUGCACCAUAUGUCGACAGUCACCACCUUUUGGUUUAGACUAUGUCAGUGAUUUUGAAGGAUAUUUUUUGUGUGAUUUUAAUGGGCAAGAAGUUCACAUGAUGUCAAUGACAGCCUAAUUCACAAGAGCAAAAAAAUUCCUAUUCAGUUCAACUUGAUCAGUUUCCUGACUGAAUGGCAUCGCCAUCAUAAGUCACAGUCUACUUAAUGAUGUAAAAGUUUAAUAAAAUCAUUGCAACUUCCUCACUUCUCUCUGU